AUGUCAGAACAAGAAGGGAAGCAGUCGGAGCACCAGUCGGAGCACGUAGGUGAAUUAGAGGGGAAACUGCCAAACGAAACUCCUACAACCUCCCAAUCAACAAACGCAUCUACAGGGACGGCGGGGGAAGGGGAGAAGAAGUCAAGCGAUGGAGACCCUGCGGCCGCAAAUCCUGCGACAAAGCUCACCCCCAGCAUGGCGGAAUCGCUACUCGAGCUGAACCCGGCCCUACGAAGCGAGCUUGCUGGAAUGGAUAAGGAAAAGGCAACAGAAGCUCUUCGCCAGAUGAACAUUUCGGAUCUCCUCACCGGUCUAUCUGUGAACCCGAAGAACCAAAAGGAUAUGGCGUCUUUCAAGUUCUGGCAAACGCAGCCGGUAAUUAGAUUUGAUGACAGGGAGAGCGGGAUCCCUGACGGGCCGAUCAAAACAGUUGAACUUGACCAGGUUUCUCGGGAGCCUAUUCCGUUAGUUGACGGAUUCGAGUGGGUUACACUGGAUAUAGAUGAUGAGGCGGAGCUGAAGGAGUUUUAUGAAUUGCUGGCGAACCAUUACGUGGAAGAUGGCAGUGCUAUGUUCAGAUUCAAUUACUCGCCUGCAUUUCUGAACUGGGCACUCAAGGCUCCCGGGUGGAAGAGAGAGUGGCAUGUUGGCGUCAGGGCUUCUAAAUCCCGAAAACUCGUCGCAUCCAUAUGUGGUGUCCCUGCAGAAAUUGCAGUGCGGGGGAAACCACUAAAAGUCACGGAAAUCAACUUCCUCUGCGUACAUAAAAAACUUCGCUCGAAGAGACUAACGCCAGUCCUUAUCAAGGAGAUCACACGUCGUUGCUACUUAAAUGGCAUUUAUCAGGCCAUAUAUACAGUCGGGAUCAUGCUACCUACGCCAGUCAGUGCUUGUCGGUACUACCACCGUGCGUUGGACUGGCUAAAGCUGCACGAAGUUGGCUUCUCGCCGCUUCCGAUUGGCUCAACCAAGUCCCGACAAGUUACGAGGAAUCACCUACCAGGCCACACGUCCACCCCUGGCUUACGCCCAAUGCAAAGCAAGGAUAUUGACGCCGUCCAGGAUCUCUUAAACCGAUAUCUCAAACGAUUUGACCUUUCUCAGAUCUUCAGUCGAAAGGAAGUAGAUCACUUGCUGCUACAUAAGGAGAAAGCCGGAGCAGAACAAAUUGUUUGGUCCUAUGUUGCCGAGGAGCCGGGAACGCACAGAAUUACGGAUUUCGCCGCUUUUUACUCACUGGAAUCUAGUGUCCUCCAAAACUCAAAGCACAAGAACGUUAAAGCCGCUUAUCUCUAUUACUACGCGACAGAAACUGCAUUUGCAGAAAAAGAAAAGGGUCUAAAGGAAAGGCUUCUGAUGCUGAUAAAUGACGUAUUGAUUCUUGCCAAGAAGGAACGUUUUGACGUCAUGAACGCUUUAACUUUGCACGAUAACCCGCUUUUCCUUGAACAGCUAAAAUUUGGUGCUGGAGAUGGCCAGCUUCAUUAUUAUCUAUUCAACUACAGAACCGCGCCCAUCGCUGGAGGAGUGAACGACAAAAACUUGCCCGAUGAACGGAAACGGGGUGGGGUCGGAGUCAUCCUCGUCUGA